AAAUGUUCAUUCCUAAACACAGUGUCAACUGAACUUGUGUUAGAUGGUAAUGCUUCGCUUGCGGUUAAAGUGUUAAACAUGAUAGUACUAAAGGGAGCGUUGGUUUUCGUUUUUUGCGUCGUCUUUCGGCCGGGUUCAUGUGGCGAAGGACCCGGUGAUGAAUCUGGAGAGUCUAGUGAGUCCCAGGAUGACACAGAAGCCUCCAAGCAGAGAAAUGUUGAAACUUCAGGAGAAAUGGUAGACACCGUAAAGUGGCCAUUUUCAGAGAAUGGUUACCAACCCAACGAAAUCCAGUCACCAAUCAAGUUUAAAACAUCUUUAGCUAAACAAAAAUCAUUACCACAGCUAGUGAUCUACGAGCCACAAAACCGCGACGUUGAAGCAGUGUGUAAAAACACAGGAACGACAGUCCAGGUCUACAUAGAAGAAGAAGGCGUGCAACAUAAGCCUUUCUUGGAGGGCGGGCCCUUAAAUCAUAGGUUCUAUUUUGAACAAAUGCAUUUCCACUGGGGAAAUAGAGACAAUAAAGGCAGUGAACAUGUAGUUGACGAUCAUUACUACUCUGCGGAGAUUCACUUAGUCCACUACAACGGAAAAUAUUCAAACUUCCAAGAAGCUAUGAAAAAGGGAGACGGCCUUGCUGUGUUGACCGUAUUUGCUGAGGAAGAAGAAGGAGAUAAUGCACUCCUGGAUCCACUGAAGGAUGUGAUUAAGCAAAUCAUAAACCCUGAAAUGACCUACAAACUGCACUGGGAAAAAGCCAUGAAGUGGGUCCUCAAAGCCAUUGAGGACAACAAGAAUUACUACACAUACCCUGGAUCCCUGACUACUCCACCGUACUCCCAAAACGUCGCCUUCAUAGUCCUCACCAAACCUGUCGGCAUCUCUUCUGUGCAGAUAGCAGAGUUCCGAUCUCUUCAUGACGCACGUUUCCAUGAAAUUAAAGCCAACCGAAGAUCUACGCAGCCGUUUAACGAUCGCCCAAUAUUCAAAGGUUCAAUGAAGAUCAUCCCUACGGGAAGCUGGAACGGGAUUGCUAUAAAGAAUCUGAAGAAGUGUAUACCUUUCGGUAACUUAGAUGGAUUAUUGCAAUUUAUAACUUCAAAAUUAUUUACGUGGAAGUGAAAUGGUCUUAAGCGU